AUGACAGCCUCUGACCAUAGGCCUUUACUCAUCACUAUUUCUGCAUCUCCUGUCAAGCACAAAGCCAGCUUUAGAUAUCUCAACAUGUGGUCCUCUCAUACUGAUUUUCUUAAUCAAGUAUCCUUGGGGUGGAGAGAUUGCCAUCAUUCUAACCCCCUGAAAAAACUUUGGUUGUUGCAAAAGAAGAUUGACAAACAUUUAUCUAAAUGGAACUGGAAUGUGGUGGGAGAUGUUAACUUGAGAGUUAAGGAGGCUAAUAAGGAAGUGCUUGAAAUGGAGGCUAGGCUUGAGAAAAAUCCAGAUACUGAAUUAAAUUUAUUGCUAGCUAAUGAAAAGUUGAUGAAUGCUAUUUGUAUGCAGGAGGAAUUCUAUGCUCAAAAGGCUGCAAAAAUCAGAUUCUAUGAAGGGGACAGAAAUACUAAGUACUUUCAUGCUUGUAUCAACUAUAGGAGGAGAUGCAAUACCAUUCACAAGAUUAAAGAUCCAUUAGGGCAUUGGAUAUAUUCUGAAGACUUAAUUGCAACAACUGCCAUACAGUAUUUUCAAACUUUAUUCACUCAACCUCCAUUCACCAGAAUGUCAAUCCAGCAAGAUCUAUUUGAUCAGGGAUAUACAAGAAAUCUAAAAUUGGAUUCUAUCCCUGGGGAAUUGGAAAUUUGGUCAGCCCUAAACUCAAUUGACAGCUCUGAAGUUGCAGGCCCAGAUGGUUUCUCAGCUGAUUUCUACAAAAAAGCUUGGAAGAUCAUCAAGGGGGAUGUCAUUGAGGCAACACUCUGCGCUGUUGUACCCCCGGAAAGCAAUGCUUGGUUGUCUGCUCCAUUUACCUUAAGAAUUAGUAUUAAACCCAUCGGUAGUGGAAUCUCAACAGCUCCUCUGAACUCCCUAAGGAAAACAACAUCGAUCUCUUUCCCAAACAAUAUAUUGCUCUUGCUCAUGAAAGACACUGUGCAAAAGGGCCUUACAAAAUCAUGGUGGUCUAUAUCUGAGUGA